AUGUUGGUCGGCAACAAAAGCGACGACCAAGAACGACGAGAAGUGGCGAAGGAAACGGGAGCGAAAUUGGCUGCCAAAUGGGGAACGGGAUUCAUCGAGACAAGUGCCAAGAACAAUAACAACAUCACAGAGCUUUUUCAACAACUGCUGGCUCUCGAGAAGAAACGCACAUUGGCGCUGACGAUGGAAGAUCCCGACGCCAAGGGCCCGAAGAGAAAAGGCUGUGCAAUAAUGUAG